AUGGAAUCAUUGUUCAAUCGAUUUCCACUUCGCCAUGCGACCAUGCGUGAUCGUUUCAAACAAUCUGUACAACAUAUUAUUCGAUACGGUGUAGGUAUGAUUCUUUUGUUAGCAGAUGAUGGACGAGGUGCCGGUUUUGGAGCAUAUGCUCUUGAUCGUAUGCUUUUGGAAAGAGGAGAAGUUUCAAAUAGUGACGCAGCUCGAAAAAAGAUAUGUGUUGAUCAUGAUGCUAAUGAUUAUGAUGGUUCAAUAGCACUUUUGAAAAAUCAUUGUCCACAAGGAAAGAUCCAAUUAAUUAUGAACAAACCAUCAUCAAUUCUUAAAAAGAAAGAAUGUAUCGAUGCACUUGCACAACAUAGAUUUGAAAUUAAAAAAUGGCUCUUUCUUCAACAAGAAGAAUUUUAG